AUGUUCGUUUUUGCAGCAUUACGUCUAAGUGAUGAACAGUUGAAAAACUUUGCUUUGGCUGACAUCGAAGCUAAGUUACAAAGUAAUGGUAGCACCCUUCGUAAAUUUACCGGAAUGCCAUUUCCAAAUGACUUGAUUGUAUCAGAUGGUCAAAAUAAGCUCAUUAUGGAUGAGCUUUCGUAUGACCAAGAGCAAUUACAAAAGGAGUUUCAAGAUCUUUAUGCUGGAAUGACUGAUGAGCAGCGUGAAAUUUAUAAUGAGAUCAUGUCUGCUGUAUUGCGCGGUAAAGGAGGUGUAUUCUUUGUAUAUGGUUACGGAGGCACAAGAAAGACAUACCUGUGGAGAUUAUUAUGUGCAGCAUUAAGGCGUAAAGGGGAAAUUGUUUUGCCAGUUGCAUAA